AUGCGGUUCACCCCAUCGAUGAGCAAGGAAAUGAAAGCAAUGCCCUUUGGGCUUCGAAAUCACAACAGCUUCGACCUCAAGGAAGGGGAAGCUUUUCCAGACGCCCAGCCAGAGGAUCCAGAAACAAGCAGUCGUUGCCGAAAGAAACAGCCAGCACCGAAAUCAACUGACCCUCUGAAUGAACCACCAGCACCGACGGAACAACUUGAACCACCAGCAUCCGAGCCUCCGGUGACUGAGCCUCCCACAAGUCCAGCAGCAAAGCCGCCCACUCCAAUGGCAAGUCCUCAGCGCAAACAACCACCGCUUGCUGUUGUGGUUAUAGCAGAGUCCAAGGAAGUGCCCAGCAAUGAGUCCGACAGUUCCAGCAGUGGGGAGGAGGGCAUCAUGGCAGGAGUGAAUCAUCGACGUCAUCGUCGACGUGAUCGUAGACGUGCCAAACUGAUUGAAAGAAGACAAGCCGAUGAAGAAUCGACCGAAGCAUCCAUCAAAUCAUCCAACUAUGUCUCCGUUCACAUCACUCUUGCAAUCACUCUUCCUCUGUUCCCAGUCAAAUUGAAACGAGUGACAGUGACGACGCCAGUCCACAAGAUUUUUCCACCAGCCACUGAUCAAGACAUGAACGAAGACAUCCCAGCACGGCACAUUGAUGUUGAGAUGGUCGACGAGGAGGGCCAAUCAGUCCUUAAUCCCAAUGAUUUGUUGAUUGUCGAAGGCAUGGAGGAUGAAAACAAGCAUGCGAAGAAGUCGCGAGAGUACGAAGAAGAGAAGGCCCGAUUGCUCCGUGAGAAAUGGACGGUGGUACGGAAAGCUCCCAUGCCGCAGGGGAUCGACAUUGCUGAGAGAGUACAAGAACGCCAUGGUCAAACAGCGAUCCGGCGGGCUUAUUGCCAGUGA